UAGCAUUAGGUAAUCUGACUCGGUUGUUGCAUGGACUAUUUUUCUUCUUACUAGUUCCUUUCUUCUUCUUCUUCUCUCUCUCUCUCUCUCUCUGAGCACUGUUUGUGUUUCAGCCACCCCCCAUUUUCAUUCUUCCAAACACAACAACAGAGGCAGAGAGAAUCAGAGAAAGGAGUAUUAAAUCUGAUUUCUGCAUAUAGUUGAUUAUUUCACAGAUAAUGAACAAUAAAGAUGGAAAACCAGUCACCCAGCCAGACAAAAGCAGGAUUGUCUCUAUGGCAAUCAUAUUUGUGGUGCUGUGUGGAUUUUCUUUCUAUAUGGGUAUAAUCUUUUGUUCCGAGAAGGACAGAUUUGUGACAAUGUACAACCAGAACUCCAUUGAAUCCCCCAAGGAGUCAUCAAUAAGUUCUCUGCAAAUUAAAUACACCAGUUUUCCUGAAUGCAGCGCUGACUAUCAAGAUUACACUCCAUGCACAGAUCCAAGGAGAUGGAGGAAGUAUGGCUCGUAUCGGCUUAAGUUGUUGGAACGUCAUUGCCCUCCAAAAUUUGAGAGGAAAGAAUGCUUAGUUCCUCCCCCUGAUGGGUAUAAGCCUCCAAUUAGAUGGCCAAAGAGCAGAGAUGAAUGUUGGUAUAGGAAUGUUCCGUACGACUGGAUUAACAAGCAGAAGUCUAAUCAGCAUUGGUUGAAAAAGGAAGGGGAGAAAUUCAUCUUUCCGGGUGGGGGUACUAUGUUCCCCAAUGGUGUUGGUAAAUAUGUUAAUUUAAUGGAAGAUCUGAUCCCAGAAAUGAAAGAUGGGUCCAUUCGAACUGCCAUUGAUACUGGUUGUGGAGUUGCUAGCUGGGGUGGUGACUUGCUAGAUCGUGGGAUUCUAACUCUUUCUCUUGCACCAAGAGAUAACCAUGAAGCUCAGGUUCAAUUUGCUCUGGAGCGUGGUAUCCCUGCAAUUCUCGGUGUCAUUUCUACACAGAGACUUCCAUUCCCAUCAAGCUCCUUUGAUAUGGCUCAUUGCUCCAGAUGCCUUAUCCCAUGGACAGAAUAUGGUGGAGUUUAUCUCCUUGAAAUUCACCGGAUUCUUCGCCCCGGAGGAUUUUGGGUCUUGUCUGGUCCACCGAUCAAUUAUGAGCGCAGGUGGCGUGGAUGGAACACAACUAUUGAAGCACAAAAAUCAGAUUAUGAGAAGUUGAAGGAAUUGCUGACUUCAUUGUGCUUUAAAAUGUACAAGAAAAAGGGUGACAUUGCUGUAUGGAGGAAGUCUCCAGAUAACAAUUGUUAUAAUAAGCUGGCUAGAGAUUCCUAUCCACCUAAAUGCGAUGACAGCCUUGAACCAGAUUCAGCAUGGUAUACUCCACUUCGUGCCUGUAUUGUAGUUCCAGAUACUAAGUUUAAGAAAUCAGGUCUGCUGUCCAUUUCUAAGUGGCCUGAGCGAUUGCACGUUACACCAGAUCGGAUUUCAAUGGUUCCUCGUGGAAGUGAUAGUACUUUCAAACAUGAUGACAGUAAGUGGAAAAAGCAGGCUGCGCACUACAAGAAGUUGAUCCCUGAGCUUGGGACUGACAAAAUAAGAAAUGUCAUGGACAUGAAUACAAUAUAUGGAGGUUUUGCUGCAGCCUUGAUUAAUGAUCCUGUAUGGGUCAUGAAUGUAGUUUCAUCUUAUGCUACCAAUACACUCCCUGUGGUUUUUGACCGUGGCCUUAUUGGAACCUUCCAUGACUGGUGUGAAGCUUUUUCAACAUAUCCUCGAACAUAUGACCUGCUUCAUCUUGAUGGACUCUUCACUGCAGAAAACCACAGGUGUGAAAUGAAGAAUGUAUUGCUGGAAAUGGAUCGAAUCUUACGGCCUUGGGGGUAUGCAAUCAUUCGUGAAUCCAGUUAUUUUACAGAUGCUAUCACUACCAUUGGUAAGGGUAUGCGUUGGGAAUGUCGUAAAGAAGAUACUGACAAUGGCAGUGACAUGCAGAAGAUAUUAAUAUGCCAGAAAAAGCUAUGGUACUCAUCCAACCAGGGUUCAAGAUGACAAACUAUGGAACUUAAGCCGUGUAACUGGUAAGAUGGUGGUGGUUAGAGUAGUAGUAUAGUGAAGUAGAAGCAAAGGGAAGCGAAUUCAGAGAUGCUCUGGGCAUAUAUUGACCCAAAUUCUAUAAUAUAAUGCGCCAAGAAUCAGCCAAGUUCAAAUUUGUCAAAAGAACAAGGGGUAACCCACUAAUCUGAUUUUGUUAAUUUAUAGAGAAAAAAAAUCAUAUAUACAUAAUAUAUAUAUCGCAUUCCCAUGAGUGCUGCCAUUUGAAGGACAGUGAUAUUUUUGUACAGAAUUGUUUUACGGAGAAUAGCACUGCACUUGUAUUAAUGCUGAGCAUGAUACAGUAAUAGUCUGAUCUUUAUUGCCAAGUUUCAAUGAUUGUUUUUAUUGUGAGUUGGUAAAUGAAGUUCUUCUGGUAAGGUGGAGUAUUUAAACUGUUACAGUAAUACUUUGAUUAACAAAUAUUGGUUGUAUUGUUAAAAUGAGAUUUAAUCUACAAUUUGGUCU